UUGCAAGGACCGAGAAAGCUGGGGGAACCCACGCGUUCAGUCUCUGAGAAAGUACGCUUUUCCAAAUAAAUUGACGGUGAAUAUUUUUUUUUCUCCAGUUGUUAUUAACAGACGGGCACUCUGUAGGAUUGUGUUACCGGAGAAUAAGCUUUUUUUCUCCUUUUCUUUUUUUGUCACCAUUCUGCACGGUAGGCUUAGAGACGGACCGCUCGGACUGUGGGAGCCCUCCCCUCUGCUUGGAUCUGCUUUGUUUUCAGAUCGCCAAUGGAGGCAUGUGGAUAAGGACUGAGCUUUAGUGCAGCCAGAAGGCUCUGGGGCCUGCCUGCAGUCGGCUGGCUGAUUGGUCCACCGAGGUGAGGUGCCACUUUCACCAGGGCACAGAACGGACGGAGAAAAGGUCUUUGCUCCCCCUCCUCGUUCACCCCUGUCCCCUUUCCACCCUCACCCCCAACCCAGGCACGUACGCUCUGGACCAUGUCUAGCGGACUGUCGGAGGGGGGGCGGACAGAGGACCAGGAGCAGAGUAGCUGCAAACAGGACUCUCCUGUUAUAGAGCGAAGGAACCGCAGUGGCAUCAUCAGCGAGCCCCUCAGUAAGAGCCUUAAGAACUCCCGUACCCUCUCUCAGUAUACAGCAGCCUCCUCUGCCACCACCAAUGGACACACGCACAACGGUGAGACUAAAAGCCACGCGGCCAAGCCUCAGUCGCCCCCACAGCCCCAGCCCACUGCCUCAGCACUGACAGCAGCCAAGUUGGACCGGACCCUAGAGCAGGUUCUGGAGGGACAGAAUGGCCUGCUGCACUUUGCCCAGGCAGCAGCACUGUUAAAGCGGGCCGGUAUGGAGCACAUGCUUCUGCCUGGGGGCAUGGGAGUGGGAGUUGGCGGUGGAGAUGCAGGCUCGGGGGCGAGCGACUUGGAGGGUACGUCUGUCACGGACGCCGUAGGUGGUCCUGUUGACUUCCCAUAUGGAGUAGGGGGUGGCUUCCCCUUCAACCCGGGGCUUUUCAUCAUGACGCCGGCUGGAGUGUUUCUGGCGGACAGCGCACUACACAUGGCCGGCCUGGCCGAGUACCCGGCACAGAGUGAGCUGGCCUCCGCUAUCAACUCCGGUAAAAAGAAGCGAAAACGUUGUGGCAUGUGCCCACCUUGCCGACGGCGGAUUAACUGCGAGCAGUGCAGCAGCUGCCGGAAUCGCAAAACAGGCCACCAGAUCUGCAAAUUCCGCAAAUGUGAGGAGCUGAAGAAGAAGCCGUCUGCUGCUCUGGAGGUGAUGCUACCUACAGGAGCGGCGUUCCGGUGGUUCCAGUAGGACUCCUCCUCCUCCUCCUCCUCUUCCCUACCCAAAGCUCCGCCAUCAAGUGCAAUGCCAACUCUUGGAUUGUCUCCGGCACAGACACUGGCUAAUACGCAAAACAAGCAACAAAAUAAAAUUAUACAAAAAAACAAAAAA